UGUUGCUCUGUCUAUAUUUUAGAAUUUAGUUAGAUAAAUAAAAAGCUGGGAAGCACAAAAGAACCAGGUGUCAUCAAUCAGCUCGUUACUACCUGACUUGUAUAAAAGCAGUUGUCAGGUGGAGUGAUUAUCUCCGUUUGCUCUGUCUGUGCUGUUUAAAGAUGUCAGGCCGUGGAAAGAAAGCUGUGCCCAAACCAAAGACGUCCGUAUCCAGGUCAUCCAGGGCAGGGAUCACAUUCCCAGUGGGUCGUAUCCACAGGCUACUCAGGAAGGGGCACUACGCAGAACGAGUUGGCAAUGGCUCUGCGGUGUACCUGUCAGCUGUCCUGGAAUACCUGUGCGCAGAGAUCCUGGAGCUCGCGGGAAACGCCAGCCGUGACAACAAGAAGCAACGAAUUGCUCCACGCCACAUCUUGUUGGCGGUAAGAAAUGACGAGGAGCUCAACAAACUGUUGGCAGGGGUCACAUUCUCGGAGGGUGGCGUCAUCCCCAAUAUCCAGGCGAGCCUCCUUCCCAAGAAGACAAAGGGGUCCAGGGAUGACAGCACUGCUAAGGAUAUUCAAUCUCAAGAGUUUUAAUCUAAACAGACAGUCCUGCAUGUUUUAACUUAAUAAAUUUGCUUUUUAACUUAU